AUGGUCAUCCUGAAUGCGGUGGAGAUGGCAAUGGAUGUGGAGCUGAACCGAAACCUCUUCGGAUAUCUCUCUGGCGCUUCCCCGGUCUUUGCCGUCACGCAGAACUUGUUCUGCGUAUUUUUCCUGACGGAGUUGGUCCUUCGAUAUUUGGGGCAUGGUGGCCUGCGACAAUCCCUCCAGGAUGGCUGGUUGUGCUUCGAGACUCUGCUCACCCUGCUGAUGGUUCUGGAGACCUGGGUACUUCCAGCUCUGGAAGCAUUGCAAUUCACAAGCCUUUCCGCUACCGGUGCAAAUGCUGCGAGCUCGCUGCGCUUUGCACGAGUCCUGCGCGUUUUGCGGACUGCAAGACUCGUGAAGUUCAUGCCAGAAUUGAUGAUUUUGAUCAAGGGCAUGAUGGUUGCUUGCCGAUCAGUGUUCUUCACGCUGCUGCUUCUGCUUAUCCUCACCGUCAUCUUCGGUAUCAACUUCAUGGAAUUCAGCCGUGGCACAGCUCUCGAAGCUCUCUACUUCGAUACGCUGUGGAACACUGUCGGUACGCUGAUCCUCCACUGCAUCCUGCCCGACCAAGAGGUCUUCUUCCGCUCUGUGGCGACGGAGAAUGAACCUCUUGCCGGGUUGGUCUUGCUCUUCAUCCUUCUGGGCUCCUUCACUGUCAUGAACAUGCUCCUGGGUGUCCUAGUGGAAGCGGUCAAGACGGUGACCCUUAUCGAGCGCGAAAACCUGGAUGCGGAGGUGGCACGAAAGGUUUUGUGGAACAUGCUGGAGAAGGAUGGAUCUGAGGAUGAUGAGCGCUUAAUCACUCGCAAGGAAUUUGAGGAUUUGCUCAGCAAGAAGAAGGCCGCGAAGGCGUUGGUUAGUAUCGGAGUUGAUGUGAUGGCUGCAGCAGACAUUGGCAAGCUGUUGUUCGAAGAUGACGAAGCGAUCUUGUUCUUGGACUUCAUGUCUGCCAUGCUCACGCUGCGAGGCUCCAACAAGACCACCGUUAAGGACCUUGCUCCGAUCUGCGAAUUCGAUCGGGCUUCGCGUGAUAAAGCGGCCGUAGGAAAUACAACCCUUUUUACGGUAAACCGGUAA